GUCUGUGACCCCUGCGCAAGCUCCAUACAAGUCGAUUGCGGAGACAUCUGAGUAGUUCCGAGUGGAAUGUGUGUAAGAUAUAUGUGUAAGAUGAUAUCUUCACUGUUGAUGGAAUCAGCCACAGAAAAAUUUCCCAGUUGUGCAAGAAUGCUAGGCACUAUAACAUAGAAUAUAGAAAUAUGCCAAGAUCAUAACGUUUUAAGGUGUUUGGUUAUCUAUCAAUUAGAAAUGGCUGGAGCUACCUUCUGGCAACAGCUGAAAGCUCUAUUACACAGGAACUUUCUUUUAAAGUUGAGAGUUAAAGGGUUAACAAUACAGGAAAUAUUUUUCCCAGUCUACUUCGUUCUUCUACUUGUUCUGGUGAAAAGGCUAAGCACUCCAGAAUCCAAUCCCAGUAUCCCGGAAUUUCCUGAAUAUGAUUUCAAUACAACGCUUGUUCCGAAUCGCAACAAGACCUUACUCAUUUCACCUAACUCCACAGAGGUCUCAGAUAUCAUAGGCACAGCAGCAGCAUCUUUAGGGUUGCAGUACAUGAUGUUUGAAGACGUGAUGGCCAUGGAGAAUUUUUAUAAGGCAAAUGCCAGCGUGGUUUUUGCUGGUGUUCAUUUCUCUUCCAAUUCGACUUAUACCAUACGAACAUCUUAUGAGCAUAUUGCAUCAACAAAAGAUAUUUAUGAUGUCUCUGGUGGUUCUACCUGCCGUUCUACUACAGGAGGAUUAGGAUUGACAAGUGUUAAUUGUCCAGCCAACAGCUACUUGCACACUGGGUUUGUGUUACUUCAACAUGCAAUAGAUAUGGCUAUUGUCAAGAAUGAAGCUGCUGGGCAACCUUUCAUCAAACCAGACUUGAUGUUUCAAAUGAUGCCCAAAAUGAAAUUCACGCCUAAUUCUGAUUACAUCCGCAUACUGUCUGGAAUAUUCUUUGUGAUGGCUUAUUCCCCUUUUGUAUCUGGCUUAGUUGUGUAUUUGAUAACUGAAAAAGAAAAGAAGACAAAAGAAGCAAUGAGAAUGAUGGGGAUGAAAGAUAGUGCCUUUUGGUUGGCAUGGCUCCUGAUGUACACUGGCUUCAUUCUCAUUGUGACUGUGAUCGUAGUACUACUGGCCAUGGCAGGACAGUUCUUCGAUGUCAAUAAAAGCAACCUGUUCAUCUUCUUCCUGAUGUUAUUCAUGUAUGGUCUCACAGUGAUCAACAUGUCCUUCAUACUACAGGGAUUCUUCAGCAGGGCACUGGUGGGAGGAAUUGCUUCUAGUUUCUUUACCACUCUCAUCAGUUUGCUCUACUUGGUGAUAAGUACAACUAGGACAUAUGAUGAGAAUUUUCUACCCAAGUCGACUAUACCUAUUGCAGGGCAGUAUGCCUUGUGCCUUAUGUCUCCUGUGGCAGUGGCUUUAUCUGUUGAUAUGGGUCUAUUCCUGGACAUAACUGGCCGUGGCAUGACGUUUGAUACUCUCCAUGUCGGACAGUUCCCUAUAUCAUCCUCAUUGAUCAUGUUAGCUGUAGAUUUUGUACUAUAUGGACUGUUGGCUGCCUAUCUGGAUAAUGUUAUACCCACUGAGUACGGCAAUCAUCGGAGUCCAUUCUUUUGCUUUUUGUCAUCUUAUUGGUGCCCAGAAAAGAAACAUAAGGAAAUGGUUAAUGUUACUGAUGGGAUCAACACAAUAGAAGCAGAGAGGGAGCCUGUCCCACAGUCUUACCAUGGCAGGGAAGGACUAAGGUUAUUUGGCAUUAAGAAGAUCUUCAAAGGAAAGGAAAAUGUGACUGCAGUAGAUGGUCUCACUUUAGAUAUGUACGAAGGGGAAAUCACAGCAGUGCUGGGCCACAAUGGAGCUGGAAAAACAACCCUGAUCAAUAUGCUGACUGGUUUGACACCAACCACAAGUGGAUCAGCAUACAUACUUGGCUUGGAUGUUACUGAUGUAAAUGACAUGGAUCAGAUCCGAGAGAUGACAGGAGUCUGUCCACAGCAUGACAUCCUCUUUGACAAGCUAUCAUGUAGAGAACAUCUUGAGUUCUUUGGCAACUUGAAGGGAGUGCCCAAGGAUAGGUUGGAUAAUGAGAUCACCAAAGCACUGCAAGAAGUGGAUCUUGAAGACCAAGAGAAGACAUUUUCAGAAGAGCUGAGUGGAGGCCAGAAGAGGAAGCUAUCUGUAGCUAUAGCUCUUAUUGGGGAUCCAAAGUUCAUAUUUCUUGAUGAACCAACAGCAGGAAUGGACCCUUACUCAAGGCGCCAUCUGUGGACAUUACUAAAACAGAGGCAGGCUGGGAAAGUCAUUCUUCUCACAACACAUUUCAUGGAUGAGGCAGACAUUCUAGCUGAUCGCAAAGCAAUAAUUAGCAAAGGACGAUUGAAAUGCUAUGGUUCUUCAUUGUUUUUGAAGAACAGAUUUGGUAUUGGAUACCAUCUGCAGAUGGUAGUGCAACCAGACACAGAUGCCAUGCAGGUAAACUCUCUGGUGAGCACCUAUGUGCCAGAUGCCAAGGUGGGAAGAACUCACGGACGUGAACUAGCAUACACACUACCAUUAGAGAGCGUGAACAAAUUUCCAGAUUUGUUUGCUGCACUAGAAAAUCCACAUGAGGGGAGUAGCAUAAGCAUGGGAGAUGCAUUGGGGAUAACAAGUUAUGGUGUUUCUAUGACAACAUUAGAGGAGGUUUUCUUGAAAUUAGGUGAAGAGGAAGAAGAGCUAAAAGCCAUAGAUGAAUACACGAAGAGCAGCUCCAACAACCAAGUCGCCCCAGUUGAUGAUGAUGAUGAGUCCAAAUUGACUAGAGAAGAAGCAUUGUCUCUUGUUGGCAACCAUGGCUCACUCACAGUGUCAUUGAAGCAGCAGAUCAAAGCACUGUGCAUGGUUGGUGUAUUGAAGAAAAUAAGGAACAAAUUGGCAAUCAUCUUCCAGUUGUUUUUACCCAUAACUUUUAUUGUGAUUGGAUUAGUUCUAUCCAAGUAUGUUUCAGUGAAUCCAGAUUUGACGCCAAAACCACUCAGUGUGUCAGAUGCUAAAUAUAUCUACACCAAGAAUAACAUAAAUAGAAAUGCACCUCUCAUGUACUACAUUGAUGAAAAUGGCUUUGCAACUACAGACAUCAUAUUGAAUGUGUGCCUGCUCCAGGCACAAGGCCUGCAGUUUGAAAAGAUAAAUUCCUCCACAAAUCUUAUUGAUGCUAGACCACAUAAUAUGGGUAUAAGGAUCAACCAGUGGGUCAACCAGUCUGUCUCUGGAAUGAGAAACUUCACUGUAAUAUACAAUGAUACAGCCAUCCAUUCACUGCCUGCCCUUAUUGGAACCAUAGACAGUAUGGUUCUAAAGAUGACAAGGUUUCCAGCCAACGUCAAUGCCACCAUAAACACAACCAAUCUUCCCUGGCCUAGUAUUAAUCCAACCAUUGUGUUUGACUCUGGUGCAUUUUCUGCCAUUAUUUUAAUAGGCAUGGGCAUGGUAAUGGUUGCCCCAGGAUUUGCAGGGGAAUUGGUAAAGGAGCGACAGUUCAAGUCUAGAAGUCAGCUGAGGAUAUCAGGAAUAACAUUGAAUAUCUACUGGGGAAGCAUGUUUCUGGUAGAUAUAGUUCAGUUUGCAGUGGUGCCUGUUCUCUCUAUCAUUAUUAUACUGGCGUUUCAGGUUGAAUCCCUACUUGUUCCUGGAGCUAUAGUGAGCCUUAUUAUCUUAUACUUGUUGUUCAUGCCGAUAAACAUCAUGUACUCCUAUGUGUGGUCAUUUGCUUUCACCAAAUAUGAGAAUGCCAUGGCCUUCAUGCCAAAUGUCUUUAUAUUUACCUCUCUGUUACCCUACAUGGCUGUGGCAAUAUUAGAUGGUAGUAACCAGGAGGAUGCUGCAGGGAUAGUUCAUUUGAUCUGCACAGCAGUCAGCCCUCCUUACUUCAUCAUGGGAGGUUUGCACUACAUAGAAAAGAUUCACAGAACUCAUGUCCUGUUAGCAGAGGCUGGGGAUGUACCAUUCUCAUAUUACUUUGACUGGAAUAAAUAUGUUUUACCCUCUUGGUUGCUGCCCAUUGCGCACCUUUUUAUAUUGUUCAUAUUGCUUCGGGUAUUGGAUGUGAAAAGUACAGGUGGUAGUGUAGUGGAAGCCAUCAAGUGUGGGGGGAAAGAGGGACCCAUAGUUGCCAAUGUCCCAGAGGAAAAUGAUGAUGUUAUCAGGGGAGAGAACAGUGAUGUCUUGGAGGAGAGAGACAGGGUUGAAAACUGGAGAAUUAGUGACAGUAGAAAGGUUCCUGUUGUCAUGGUGAAAAACUUGAGAAAAGAAUUUCUGAGAAGAGACAAGAAAGCUGCCAAGAAAAAAGGGAAAAAAGAGGAGAGAAAACGGGUGGCAGUGAGAAAUGCUUCAUUUGCUGUGGAAGCUGGAGAGGUGUUUGGAUUGCUUGGGCCAAAUGGGGCUGGUAAAACUACAACAUUAAACAUGAUAAUUGCUGAGACCUGCCCAACCAAAGGAAAGGUGACUGUAGCAGGCACUGACAUUAAAUCCAGUAUCUCUGAUGCAUUUAGAGCUAUGGGCUACUGCCCUCAGCAUGAUGCACUGUGGGACUACAUCACCCCAAGAGAACAUCUGGAGUGUUAUGCUGCAUGCAGGGGAAUUCCAGAUAAGGAUAUUAAAUAUAUUGCUGAAAGGUAUCUUCAAGCAUUGAAUAUUGAAGAGCAUGCUAAUAAACAAGCCAGACAACUGUCUGGUGGAACAAAGAGAAAGUUGAGUUUUGCAAUGUGCAUGCUUGGGGAGUCAAAAGCAGUGUUACUGGAUGAGCCAUCUACAGGAAUGGAUCCCAAGUCCAAGAGGUUUUUGUGGGAUGUUAUAAGCAACAGAUUCCAGGGGGACAGGAGGGGAGCCAUACUGACCACACACUACAUGGAGGAAGCAGAUGCCCUCUGCUCUCGUUUGGCCAUCAUGGUCAAUGGGGAGGUCAAAUGUCUUGGUACAACCCAACACCUGAAGCAUACAUAUGGCAGUGGCUAUGUUCUUGAAGUGAAGCUAAAGACAGAGGAUGGUGAUACCAUGGAAGUAAUGGAUGAAAAGAGAGAAGCUCUGAAAGAUUUUGUCAUUAAUAUGUUCCCAACUGCAGAAGAAGCUGAGAGUUUUGGGGAGAGGACAGUCUAUAAGAUCCCUCAGACGGGUGUUGUGUCACUAUCCAAAACAUUUUCAAAGCUUGAAGAAGCCAAAGGCAGCCUUGGUAUUGAGGAAUACAGCUUCAGCCAGUCCACUCUAGAGCAGGUCUUUCUUAGCUUUGCCAAACAGCAGCGAGAUGACAAUGUUUCACCUGAAGAGGAAGAGAGGGAGCGUAGGCGCAGCAUCUCCCGCAGAAACUCCAGGACGAGAAGCAUUUCUUCCAGCCACAGAUCUCCACCAACAAGCCCUGUGGGAACACCUUUGGAAGGAUAUAUCAAUCAGUCGAUCGUUGAUAAUCCCACUGAUUUCAGUACAAAGAUGUGAAUUGGUUCUUGGCAGAUUAAGGCUCAGACUGGUUCUUUAGCAGGUUCAUAUGGCUGGUAAAUAAUUCUGAAUGG